AUGGGCAGCUACUUCUCCAAGAGGGCGGAGUCGCCCACCCGGCUCCCAUCGACAACAAUUUCCCAGGUAGAGCUGAGCGAUCUCACAUCUCGCAUCGCUCAACCCGAUGUCCUCCUCUCCAUCCUCUACUACCUUGACACCGAAGACCUCGCACGGUGCCUCCGGGUCAACCGGCAAUUCCUCCUCGUCGCCGGGCGGAUGCUGUACCGUCAGCCACUCCGCUUCAAUCCCUACGGUAUACCCUACGGAGAGAAGCGGCAUCGUCCCAGCCUCUUCGCGGGGACCGGCCUCCUCCCAUCCUCCUUUCUCGCCCGCUGCCUGCUUCUGCUUUGGCCAGCUCCGAAAGCGUUAGCUCGGAAGCUCAAUCAGCUCGCAGAAAUCCGGGACAUCGAAAUCUUCCUCCACCGCGCGUACCAAUGCCCCUCCGCCGCUCUCGUCGGUCACUUUCCCUCCGUUCACACUCUACGAAUCACCAAUAGCUACUUGCCGCCCGACGAUGGGGUCCUCGCACGCCAGCCAGAAUGGUCCUGUCCCAUCUUUGCCGCUGUGCGGCCAACGUGCGUUAUCAUCGGCGACCGCGGCCUCACAUAUACCUCGUUCGGCGACCCAUCGCAAUGUCGACCUGUAUGGCGAGUCCCCCUGCGGACAUUAUACAGCGGCUGCGUCGAGCAUGUCCAGGUCAUCUCCUACGACCUCGCACCCAACGGCAGCCUCAAAUACGGUGCGGUAGAGGUUGACUGGCCUUUGACCAUGAAACGCCUCGAUAUAGGUUUUUAUCAGCUCGCCGGGAGCCGCUGGUGGGCGCCGAGCCCUGCGGAUGUCACAACACCUAUCUUCGAUCCCAAAUCUUCCGAUGGCGGCGUUAAGCAUGUCUGCGCAAUCGUUAAGCUCCUCCUCAGCGCCUCGCACAUCGAGACGCAGAUCACACUCGUAGGCUUCGGAACGGUCGAGCGAGUCGGUCGCGACUACCACGAAAGCGUCUCGGAUAAGGAUGCGGAGAUAGAGGACGAGUUCGCUGCUAGAGUGAGAGCGGCGUACGGGGCGGAACUGCAGCUGAAGGGGAUUGGCCCCAGGGGGAUUUCAGAAAAGCUAGAGGCGCUUCACAUUGUUCUGUCAAAGUCAUAG